GGCACGGCUCCUCGCCCCGGAGCAUGCGCGAGAACCGCCCCGGAGCCCCUCGCCUGCGGCGCCCAGCGCCCCGCCGCCAGCGAACCCCCGGACGCUAUGGCCCACCCCUCCGGCUGGCCCCGCGUGUAGGAUGGUAGCACACAACCAGGUGGCAGCCGACAAUGCAAUCUCCGCGGCAGCAGAGCCCCGACGGCGGCCAGAGCCUUCCUCCUCCGCGCCCCCGGCCCCGGUGCGCCCCAGGCCCUGCCCAGCAGCCCCGGUGGUCCCGACCCCUGGCGACACACACUUCCGCACGUUCCGAUCUCACUCCGAGUAUCGGCUCAUCACGCGCGCCAGUGCGCUCCUCGACGCCUGCGGCUUCUACUGGGGACCCCUGAGCGUGCACGGAGCGCACGAGCGGCUGCGCGCCGAACCCGUGGGCACCUUCCUGGUGCGCGACAGCCGCCAGCGAAACUGUUUCUUCGCCCUCAGCGUGAAGAUGGCCUCGGGUCCUACAAGCAUCCGUGUGCACUUCCAGGCCGGCCGUUUCCAGCUGGACGGCAGCCGCGAGAGCUUCGGCUGCCUCUUCGAGCUGCUGGAGCACUACGUGGCGGCGCCGCGCCGCAUGCUGGGGGCUCCGCUGCGCCAGCGCCGCGUGCGGCCGCUGCAGGAGCUGUGCCGCCAGCGCAUCGUGGCCACCGUGGGCCGCGAGAACCUGGCGCGCAUCCCCCUCAACCCUGUCCUUCUUGACUACCUGAGCUCCUUCCCCUUCCAGAUCUGAACGGCCGCGCCCGCCGAGCACGCAGCAUUAACUGGGGCGACUUGUUUUUAUUUUCUAUUAUUAAUUAUUAUUAUUUGCCUGGAACUACAUGGAUGUCCUCCCCACCUGGGCUAGAGGGAGCCGGCCUAGGGGAGGAGGCAGGACGCCACCCACUCUAGGCUGGAGAUGAAGCCACAGCCCCCUCCCCACCUGUUUGGGGGUGCACCCCAUCCUGGUGCUCCCUCUGGGUCCCCCUGGUUGUUGUAGCAGCUUAACUACAGCGGGACCAGAAGUUGAACUCGCACCUCCUACCUCUUCAUGUUUACAUAUAUUCUGUAUCUUUGCACAAACCAGGGGUUGGGGGAGGGUCUCUGGCUUGAUUUUUCUGCUAUGCAGAAUUAUAUUUUAUAUUUUUUACAACCAGUUUAGAUAAUAAACUUUAUUAUGAAUUUUUUU